AGGAAAUGUGUUUAAUAAUAUUUAAAUAAUUAACAAUAGCAUUUACUGACAGUAUUAAUAUUAUCAUUAUCCAAAAGCUAAAUUUUUCGUGUAAAUCAUGCUGUGCAACACUCGACUUAACAUUCGAUUAUUCCAAUUAUAAAAUGGGCAAAAGAUACGCAGUACCGAUUCCUUUCACACCUAAGAAGUUUAAGUAUUUCGAAAAUGCUGAUGAGAUUUCAAUAGAUGACGAAAAUUUUAGAUUGUCAAAAGAUUUGAUAGUAAACACAAUUGUGACAGAUAUAAAUAAAAGAAAGUGGAGGAUUGGUAAUGCUAUAGGAAAGGGAAGUUUCGGUGAGAUUUUUACAGCUUCUAAUGAUGUCAAUAAUUGUGUAUCAGAUCAUGCAGAGUAUGUUAUCAAAAUUGAGCCCCAUUCCAGUGGACCCCUUUUUGCUGAAAUUAAUUGUCUAAUUAGAAUAGGACGCUUGACAGAAGACAAUGUUCCUGUUUCUGGUGUGCCUCUAUAUAUUGCUUCCGGUUCGCAUAUUUUUGACAACAAAAAGUAUCGUUUCAUGAUAAUACCAAGAUAUAGAGUAGAUUUAAAUUAUCUUCUCCAAAAAAAUAAAGUUUCUAUCAAAAACAUUUUGAUCAUAGCGAUUCAGAUUUUAGAUAUUUUGGAAUAUAUACAUUUCAAAGGUUUUGCACAUUCUGACAUCAAGGCUCAUAAUCUUAUGAUAGGUGUAGAGAAAGUAUUAAAAGAAUCUGAUGAAAACAGUGAAACUUUAUAUAUAAAGGAAGUCAAUGAAAAAUCUUUGAAUACAAGAAAAUGCAAUCCAUUAAGAAAAUGUCGAAAUAGGAAUGAUGAAAUACAACAAAAGGAAGAAUCUUUGAAACGAAAUUUGAGAAGAAAAUCUAAUAUAAAUUAUAAUGAAGAAUUAUCUGAUUUGGAUGAUGAUGAAAGCACUAUUAGUAGUUCUUAUAUACCUGAUGAUUGUACAAGAGAAAAUAUGAAGAAUGUUAAUGAACGUGUAUUCUUGAUUGAUUAUGGUUUAGCUUCUAAAUUUGUAGAUUCCCAUGGAUGCCAUAGGGCUUUUUGUGUGGAUGAGAGACGAGCUCAUGAUGGAACAUUAGAGUACACAUCUAGAGAUGCACAUUUUGGAGCACAUAGCCGCAGGUCUGAUUUGGAAUGUUUAGGAUACAAUUUAUUAGACUGGAUUACUGGUGAUCUUCCAUGGAAAGAGGAAUGUAUACUCUCCCAGCCUGAAGUUGUUCAUCGUAUGAAAAUCUGUUUUAUGAAUAAUGUUCAACAAAUGAUGAACUAUUGUUAUAAAGGACGAUAUCCUACUUUUAUAAGAAAAUAUUUAGAGUAUGUCUGCACUAUUGACUAUACAGAAGAUCCAGAUUAUGAUUACUGCAGAAAUAUUUUUAUGACCGAGUACAAACGUCUUGGCUUUACACCACAUGACAUGAAUCUUAAUUUUGCAGGUAUAAAAAAUGGAUUGGAUGAGUUCAAAUGUAAAUCAGAGAAACCAUCUUUGCAAAAUCUAGCUGCAAACUAUUCAUUGUCAAUGCUUAUAUCGAAUGAAAGUCUAUUUAAGAGGCUGUCUCCAAAAAAUUUAAGAUCCAAACAGUUGCGGUUAAGUCCAAGAAAGCUUAGGAACAAGAGCACUAAAAAAUCAUUUGAAACAUGGAAUGAAAUUUUAUGCAACCAAGCAGAAGAUUUAUUACAAGUAACUUUAGAUGAAAUGACUUGUGGUGAUGAGGUUGACUCGAAUUCAUCAGGUAAUGAUGAAUAUGUUAGAUAUGAAGGCAAACCCACAUAUGCAAUAAAACUUGUGUUAAAAUCAAUUCGAGAAGCUAAAUCAAACAAGAAAACUAAAGCCGAGGAAAGAAAAUCAAUUGAUAACAUAGAAGUAGACGGUUUAACAUAUGCUAUGCGAUUAGUUUUAGAAAUGAAGAAUAUUAGAGAAAAUAAAGAAAAUAUCAAUAAAUGCAAACAAACAGCCAAUGAAAUGAAAAGUACCAAAAGAAACACAAAGAUUAUUUCAAAACAAACUAAAUCAUACCUGCGUAAUGAGAUUGAGGAAAAUGUUGAAGAAUUAAAAAUAGUUAAAUACAAAAGUGAAGAUUUAAAGGUCGAUUGUGAUGUUAAAUUAAGAAGUAAUAGAAAAAGAAAUGCUUUAAUGUUUAACAAAAAAGCAAAGAGGUAAGUCUGUCUAAUAUUUUGGC